GGGAGUUGUAGUUUUUACCUCUCUACAUGCAGAGCUCCAUUAUAGUGGAACAGCGUGCGGUUCUUCGCAUGAGUGUUCUAGAAUGCAGUGUAUAAAGUGAAGGUUCUAGCAAUCAAGGUGAGAGUUCUGGCAUGCAGUGUUCCAGGUUCUUAUUCUAACACUCCAGCCAUCAUCCCGAAGCAUGGACAGUAUUGAUGAUGAUGACGAUGUACCCCAGCUCUCCUCUCAUGCUCUGGCCACACUGCAGGAGUUUUACGCAGAACAAGCAGAGCAAAAUACAGAACAUUUGGAACCCGACUACAAGUUUUCUGUUGGUGCUGUAGAAGAGGACUGGCAAUUAAGUCAGUUUUGGUAUAGCGAUGAAACAGCGUUGAACCUGGCAAAGGAGCUGAUACAGGCCUGUGGGGAGAAUGGCAGGAUUGCAUGUGUCAGCACUCCCAGCAUUUACCAGAAGCUGAAAGGACUGUCUGCAGAGAACAUUUCUGUGUGCUUGCUGGAGUAUGACCGGAGGUUUUCUGUGUAUGGGGACGAUUACGUCUUCUAUGAUUAUAAUGACCCUUUAAACUUGCCCGAGAGCAUGGAGAAGCAUAGCUUUGAUCUGGUGAUCGCAGAUCCCCCAUACCUGUCUGAAGAGUGUCUGCGUAAAACCGCCGAAACCAUCAAGUUCCUCGCCAGAAGCAAGGUUCUGCUAUGCACAGGUGCGGUGAUGGAAGAUUUAGCGGCUACCAUUCUUGGGCUGAAGAUAUGCAAGUUUAUCCCAAAGCAUACAAGCAGCCUGGCGAACGAGUUCAGAUGUUAUUCUAACUACCCACUAGGACUUGAUAUCCACAUUUAAUAUUGGAGAGAUAGAGAUUCCAUAUUACAGACGGUGAAUUUGGCUAUACCUAAUGGAAAGACUGUCAGAACUUGUGGGAGUCUUUCGAACUCAUUUCUGUCUCUAAAUAGUAAUUCUGCCUGUUGGGGCUUGACUAUGAUGCCUGUUCUCUAUAGUACCUACUUAUGCUGUGUGACUUAAAGAGUUGAUGGACCUCAGUGAUUGUCCUCGGACCAUUGGCCAAUGUAACCGCAAAUAUUUUGAACCCUAAGUAAACUAUUAUUAUUUUAAUUAUAAUUGGUGCAGGAUCAAAUUAUUUGAAAGAGUUAUAAGAUGUUGACUGAAGAGACAUUCUAGGAUAAAAAGUACAAACCACUUAUCUGAUAAAGCUUCAUGUACAGAAUUACUUGACUUUUGUUGUUGUUUUGUUUUUGUAUGGUUCUCAUGAAAGCUUCUUGAUCUUUAGGCCCAUUCCCUCCUCUUCCUUGUUUGAGAAGUAGUGAUGACUGUGCAGUGUCUAUGGAUCCUAAUGAUGAAUUAUCUCUAUAAUGCAUGCGAAUGAUGGACUGUAAAUCCACAAUCAUUUUUAAUAAAUACCGUUGGCACUUACUUC